UGGAGGACUUCAAAGGCCCGCCACUCAGCCCUAAACCCUAAUAAGAACUCCCAAAGCCUGAUUCUACUCUUUUUCUGGAGAGAGAUGGAUCACAUAGCGGCAAUGGAAGAGCGAAUGGUGACCGAUAAAAUACGAAGGAAGCUCGAGGAAGUGAACUUAGCAGCCCAGAACCAGCUUCAGCCCAUUCAAGAUCACGUUAAUUUCACUCUUCAGCAAUCAUACUUCAAAUGCGCUUACGAAUGUUUCGACCGGAGGCGGCGCCAGGAGGAAAUAAAUAGCUGUGUUGAGAGUUGCAGUGUGCCUGUUCUUAAGGCUAACAAUCUUGUGGAGACCGAAAUGGCCCAAUUUCAGGAAAGAAUGAACCGAUCUUUGAUGGUUUGUCAAGAUAAGUUUGAGGCAGCAAAGCUUCAGCAGAUGAAGACAGGAGCCAUGGGCGAGUUAGAGGCAUGUGUCAACCAGGCUAUUGAUGACAACAUCAGAGUUCUCCCUCACAUAGUUAAUCGUCUCAAGAACUCCCUUUCUAUGAACUGAGGCAUCAUUUUUCUAAUUUCACAGCACUCAUUUUAAAGCAAAUUCAAUAUGAAAUUCAAUUCAU